GCUCUCCGACUGACGAGUGAGAGACAGCACGGGUCAUUUCUCCGACUCUGCUGAUGUGGUUCUGCGCAAAAGUGCCGUACGUAUCGGAUGUUGGGACGGUGAGAUCCGAGCGAUCGUUUCCUUUGGGGAUCAGACUGCGAUGUCUGCAGGAGGGAAUCUAGCCGAAAGGAAUCCUUGCCACAAGGAGAGCGAGCUGAGUCUGGAGUGCUUGUUUCGCAACAGUGACGAUCGGGACAAAUGCCAUGUCUACUUCGAGAACUAUAAAGUUUGCAAGAAAUUUUGGGAUCACGUUCGGAAGGAUCGGAUGAGGAAGGGGUUAAAUCCAGCUCUACCGCCCCUAGCUGAGCGAGAAGCGGUGAAGAAGGAAUAUCUGACGAGGCCGGGGCGAUGAUCAGCGGAACGAUGAUUUGCUUCGAGCUCUGCACGGAGCCCGUGUCAGAUGAAUGCAGAACUUUGUUUCUUGAAGGAGAUGAUGACGGAAAGAACAGGUUCAAGGACAUUCGACUCUAAUGAUCGCCGGUGAAAUCCGCGAGGUUCAUUCGAUGGGCUCCCGCCGCACAAAGUCUGUACCUACUCGAGUCCUGCUGAUUUUAGAUUUCGUAAUCGUCCCGCGGAGCCUCGCUCCAGGCUCGAUCUUCAAGUCCUGUAGAUACGGGAAUCUCGUCGAAUAAAA